ACUUUGCCCACGUGGCUUGCAAAGCAACAACCAACGACUCUUGAGACACGAAGCCCUCAAAAAUACUUCCUGUUAAAAAGAAGUCGUCCUUAAAUUUCGUUAGAGAAACUGUGAAAGAAGGCUCCUGUUCGUUUGGUUUCGAUCAACUUCUAGAAAAUGCUAUGACCGUUUCAGGCCAUUAAGUCCAUACAGCAGCUUAGCAGGUGCGACUAAUGUCACGGAUAUAAAUAAACGACGCGUGUAUAAAGAAAUCCUUAGCGUUUAUUGAAUGUGCAUCGUUUCCGAGUAAAUCUUCCGUCUCGGCUUCCGUACUUGUUGUUUCAGACGAUAUAUUACCUUGAACGAUGGAAUGGUUGCGAUCACGAAAUUUCAAACUCGUUGAAACAGCUGUUAAAAGACGACACGGCGUGCUAGGUGAUUUGAGAAACUUUCAAAAAAGGUGCGAACGAAAAUGAAAAGCGGCGAGCAUCCUGCUUCUUUCUGUUCGCAGAAUUUUUAUAACGUCGACAAUAUCCGGUUCAUGCUGCGGAAGGUGUUUGUAGUGGUUGCACCUCUUUGGUUGCGUCACGGAAUAAUUUUUGGCUUACAGCAUUGAGCCACUGCGAAAGAAGAACAGGUGUUAAUGAGGUUACAUAGUAACCAAGGUUAAUAUCAGAGGAACCAGCGACGGCCUGGGACCGAAUGACGUAGGAAGGUAUAUAAGUAACUAAGUGUAAAUGAGCUGACCAUUAUUCAAAACAUUCGUAUGAAGAACAUCCUGAAAUUUUUUUUCCAUCGAAAUGGUUUUCGAUGUAAUAAGGUGCAAGUAUGUGGUGGUCAGGUUCUGAAUGUGAGUUGUUCUAUUCGGGACCUGGCCUCCAAGCAACCAAAACGUGUGCCAGGUUGCUCAAGCUCGUACCUAACCAUCCAUGUGGUAAGCAUGAUAACGAUAGAUAUUAAAAGUGAUUUCCACGCCUUCUUGCUAACUCUCGGCAGAAGCCCGAUUACGGACGAGAUCACUGUUGCGAAUAUGGCGAUUUUCACGCGUGUUAAAACCUAAGUCACAUGGUUCAAAGUUACUGAAACUUUUAUUAUUUUUUUAUUAACGUAAUGCGAUGAAAACGAUUUACAGUGUAAAUUAUAUUUUUUUAGUGCUUUAAGAUGUUUUUCAAAAGUAUACAAAAAAAUCCAUAUACAGUGAAUAGUGUUCUCCAUAGCUCCAUACUUAGCGCGACAUGUAGCGGUUGAACAAUAUCAUCUGUAGAAAAAUUUGUUGUCAUCCUUCAAAUUAGUCUACAAAUCUAUUUCUUGGUGAUCAUCACCAAAUCAUUUUCAUUUUGCGUAUUGAAAAACUUUGGCCUUUUUACCAUCGUAGCAAUAGUUCUAUGACGAAAAUUUUCGCUCCCCGUUAAUCAAAGGAUUGUCAUUUGUGGUUCCUCGUCUCUCCAACACUUAUCCCGUAAUCUUUCCAGUUCUGUGGCCUGCAUUCGUUCCUAUUUUCUGAACAUCUUUUUCAAGACCAAAUUCAGAGGACACCUGAACCACAGUGUACUUUGUCCUACUACUAAACUCCUAUAAAAUCUGCAAAAUACGCUGACGUAAGCAUGUUUUACGUGCAAAGAUCGAAUGUAUGGCCAAAACCUAAAUAAAUCCACGAAACCUUCCGUGGUGCCAGCCAUUCAGAUAUUUGCGUAUUAAAAAUAAGAAAAGCUUCUGUAUUCCAAUCACUCCCUUGCGUUCAGAGAAAUUAUUGGUUCUUCACACUCGCAAUAAUAUUGAUCUUGUUUUCGAUCUGUAUUUAUGGUUGUUUCAACAAAUUAAAGACAUGUUUGUAUCUACACCUAAUCCAAUUAGUUAAAAUGUUUUACACUCAAAAUAAUAUUGAGUUUUCACGUUGUACAUUGCGUAGUUGAUCACUUGUUCACUCUUUUAUUGACUUUUGUGAUUGGUCACAUUAAUCUUCGCUACUCCACAUUUUACAUAAAGAAAAGAUUGUAACCCAUACUUUACAUAAGGAAAAGCUUGUCACCUCACACUUUAUAUAAGGAAAAGCUUGUCACCCCACGUUUAAAAUAUGUCGUUGCCAUACAAGGAUGAGUAACCUAGCCCAAGAUUUGUGUUGCUUAGAGUCCAGGUCCCGAAAAAGAAUCGCUCGCAUUCUGUACCUGACCGCCAUAUUCUUGCAUCUUAUCACAUCGAAUAUGUUUUGAUGGAACUGUAGGAAGAAAUACGAAGAGAGCGCUGACAUUCUGCUUUCGAACGAGUUGGAUAACGACCGGUUUAAUUUAGCCUUUUUACCUUACUCGGUCCCAGGCCACGACUUGUUCCUCCGAUUUAAGCAUUGGUUACUAUGUAACCUGAAUUUAAAGAAGGAAAAGAUCUUCCACCUAAACUUAGUUACUAAAUUUUAUCCCCCGCUGCCAAAUAAGCUCAUUAGUGCCAGCACUUUCUGCUAACCUGGUAUGCUUGGAUUGUUAAUUGCAAAAUAUUAUCGACAGUUCAACAAUGGCGCUGUGCCCACUCAGCUUAUCGCAAAACUGCGAUUGUCCUGUUAUUGCUAUUUCAGGUCUUAAACACGACGAUUAUGGAUGUGAAUCAUUCGUUGGAGCUUUAUCCGGACUACAGUAUUUCUGUGGCACUAUUUGACAGCGUUUCCAACAAGCUUCAACUCAAAGAAAUGCUGAUUCAAGGGAAACUGGAUGCAGCUCUAGUCAACGCUACAAUGGUACCAGAUGUAUUUCCCGUGUUGUUGGCAGCAAAUAAAGCAGUUCAUCUCAGUGAAAAUGGCAAAACAAAAACUAGAAGUAUUUACUCCGAACUUGUUUUCAAUCUGUCACCCUCAAACAACAUCUCGGAAUCGUUGAAAACCUUUGGCUUGAAUGACAAAGAUGCGUGUCUUCUUGUAGUUGUCAUAAACAAAGUAGGCGAAAGCAAUAAGACAUCUUGCAUUCAUUCCCUUGUCGAAGGCGAGAAAAUUCCCUUGGAAAGACUUUCGUCUCUGGCGGACGAAAAAAGAAUAAAAACGCUGUAAGGUCAAGUUUUCGGGGACAAAAACAACAUACACAAGAGUCUCUAAUUACCACAUUGAAACCUGCUUUUGAAAACGACAAAAGCCCUCAUUUUAGAACAUAUUUGCAACUCAGUAAGAUGAAUAAGAAAUUCAAUAAAGAUUACUGUGCAGCGAGA